CCAUCCCCUGCAGAGCACCUGACACAGAUAUCUCAGUUCACUAGCUGCUUUAAUUUUAGCCCCUCUGCAUCACAGCAGGUUUGAGGCUCAAGAGUGGUGAAAUCCUAGCCAGUGUUUUCUCGUUCUUUUUUUACCCCUGUUGACAAAAGCGAGGGUUGGUGAAUGUUAGAACCCAGGGGGAGUUAAGAAGUGCGACUGAUAAGGAUCCAGGCUUCUGCUUUCUGGUUCAAAUCCAGUUCUUGAAGCCAUCCAGCCUUUUGAGAACCACUGCUAAUUAAAGCACUGUCUGCUGAUAAUGUCUCUCCUGGAGAUUCUGAAGCCAAACCUCUGAUCUUCACAUUUGUCCCUACUGUCAGAAGACUACCAACCCAUAUUCAGUUGGCUGACACUUCCAAAUUCCUUGUUAAAAUUCCAGAGGAACCAAGUGAUAAGAGCCCAGAAAGUGUUAAUAGGUUUGAGUACAGUGACCAUAUGACCUUCAGCUGUGAGAGCAAACAGGAGAGAGACCAGAGGAUACUGGCUUAUCCCUCAUUGUUCAGUGGAAGGAAUUCACAAGGACCGAAAUUUGAUAGGAACGAACCAGAAGGAAUGCAGAAAGGUGACCUCUUCAAAGCAGAAUAUGUUUUUGUUGUGGAUUCCGAUGGUGAAGAUGAAGCUACAAGCAGACAAAGUGAACAAGGACCCCCAGGGGGAACAGGCAACAUAGCUACCAGGCCCAAGUCUCUGGCUAUUUCUUCCAGUCUGGCUUCUGAUGUGGUUCGUCCCAAAGUACGUGAGGUUGAUUUCAAGGCCUCAUCACAUCUGGAAAUUCCUCAUGGGAUGACCCCUAAGCAAAAGCAUGGACAGAAAACGGCACCCGUUCCAGCUAACGUCAGCGGAGCCUCUGUGCUACAGGAAUUUCACACUCACAGGCUGGAUGUCACAGGGAACUCGGUGGAAGAAACAGCUACGUAUUUCCACUCUACUGCUCACGAGUUCCCUCUUUCUGCAUGGAGGGGUGCUUCGUCAUUAGUAUUUUCCCCUUCCACUCAGCUGUCAGGUUCUAGUUUACGUGGUUCAAAUAUUGCUGGUCACACACGUGGACUGGCAUCCGAAGCACAGACGAGUAUGUCAACUGCGCCUGUCCUUAAUCCCAGGGAAGAUCUGAGAACCUCUCCUUCACCUGCCUCUGGUGCUUCUCUGAAGUCACCUUCACCUUCCUACAUACCGGUCCGCAUUGUCAUGCAUUCACUCUCUCCAAGUCCAAAACCACUUACCUCCUCUUCCCAUGGCUCUUUGUCUACUGUCUGUAGCCGCAUGUCAUCCAGUGGAAAUCUUUCAAAGGCAGGCGUGAAGUCCCCAGUACCCUCUCGGCUCUCUCUCCUCACUGCUAUCCUCAAAUCAAACCCUUCUCACCAAAGGCCUUUAUCCCCUGCAUCCUGCCCAACCUUCUCACUCAAUUCCCUGGCCUCUUCCACUCUCACACUUGAUCAAAGAGUGAAGCAAUCUUCUCCCACACCUAAGAAAUCUCUCUCAAGUUGUUCCUUGACAGCUGGGUCUUCUGAGCAAGGAGAACACCAGGCUUCUGCAGAGACACGCCAACCCUGCCACCUCCCUUCCUUUCCCAAGUCUCCCCCACUUUCUCAGGUGUACCUCAUCUCUCCACCAGCACCUGACAGUAGCAGCUAUGCUUCUAUGGAUGUAGAGAAAAUACCACGAGGCACACUGAGGAGCAGCACGACACUACCCCAAUUACAGACGGACACAUUCGGUUUUGCUGAUGCCCCUCCUGUCACACCGAGCUCAUCCCCUCUUCCUUCUUCAGAGGGCAGACAGGAUGGUGACCUCAGGGGCCCAGAAAAGGACAGGAAUAUUUGCACACAACCUUCUACCUUAUUAUCCUCUGUGUCUCCUGUCAAUGAGAGCCCUGCCCUUUCCUCUCUAGAGAAGUGUUUCCACCCGUCCCCAGCCCUCUCAGAUCUGAUAGAUAGAUCCAAAACAGCCUGCUCCCAACAACACUCAGGCCCCAGGCUGCACCCUUCUGUUCUUCCUGCUCCUCCCACCCCCCACGCAGGCUCUGCUUCUCAUCCCAAUUUGGGGCUCUCCAGACUUCCUCCUGAGAGUUCACUCACCCAGGUACUCCAACCUAGUCCUUCAGCACUGUACCCUAGCUGUGACCGUGGUACAUGUCCUUCAAGAACUGGACCGUCUGAAAGCACAAUACCCAACCACAGCUCACUCGUUCCAAGCCCAUCACUUCCUGUCUCUCUAACAAGAACCAAGGAGCUGAUCUCACCUUGUGCACUGUCCAUGUCAACAGACCCCGAAAAUAAGAAGCUCAAGCAAUACAAGACCAAGUCAAGCUACAAGGCUUUUGCAGCAAUCCCUACAAACACAUUGCUCUUGGAACAGAAGGCCCUAGAUGAACCAGCCAGGACUGAAAGCAACUCCAAGGCCAGCGUAUUAGACCUACCAGUAGAGUUGUAUUUCCCUGCACAGCUCAGGCAGCAAACUGAAGAGCUCUGUGCUACCAUUGAUAAGGUCUUGCAGGACUCCUUGUCGAUGCAUUCUCCUGAUUCUCCUUCACGGCCCCCACAGAAAAUGUUGGGUUCUGAAACAAUCAAAACUCCUGCAACUCAUCCAAGAGCAGCUGGUCGAGAAACCAAAUACGCAAAUCUAUUAUCAUCAUCUUCUACAGCCUCUGAGAGUCAACUGACUAAGCCUGGAGUAAUUCGCCCAGUACCUGUAAAAUCCAAACUAUUACUGAGAAAGGAGGAAGAAGUUUAUGAACCUAAUCCCUUCAGUAAAUACCUUGAAGACAACAGUGGCCUAUUUUCUGAUCAGUAAAGAAGUUGGAGAGGAAGUGAAAACCAGUCUGAUGAAGAGUUUUGGAAUGCCAGUGCUAAUUGCUUGCUAGAUUUCACUUAUGUUUUUUCAGAAUGAUGCUCUGUUUA